AUGCUCACACUUUUACCGGCGAUCGCCGUGCUGGCAUCAUACUGCUGCUCGAAUGUGCUUGCACUUGGCUUUGAGUUGGACUUUAACACUGGCGAUGGCUUCCUCGCGAUGCCGCUUCACCACAACGAUGACCACUACGACAUAGAAAUUGAGGUGGGCACACCUCCACAGAAGUUACAUGCAGUGCUAGAUACCGGCUCUGCAGAUUUAUGGCUGCAGGCCGAGAACAAUCCGUUCUGUGUCGGGGCCAAGGACGAGAAACAGGAGGUUCGCGGCGUCACAGUGACGCCGUCCAUAGACUGUAGAGGAAUUAAAACAUUCUGUAAUGAGAGCUCCACGACAUUGCGCAUAUUGCCAAACCCAUUCUACAUCGAUUAUGCCGACACAUUCGUGGAUGGAUCUUGGGCCACCGAUCGCCUGGUCAUCGGCGGGCACGACGUCAGUGGCAUGAAAUUUGGGGUGGGGCGCACAUCCAACACGGAGCUGAGUGGUGUCUUGGGCGUCGGCCACGCGAACUUGGAGUCAGUUAGAGGGUAUGCUGGAGCGCCCAAUGCCACAUACCCCAACCUGCCGCGGCAGCUGAAGCUGGACGGUUCAGUACAAAAACUUGCAUACUCGGUUUCCCUGCAGAAGACUUCAGAACGUGACGGCGAGAUAUUGUUCGGGGCCAUCGACACCAGCAAAUACGUUGGAAAGUUGCAUACCUUCCCGAUUCUGAACAUAGAUCCACAUCUGAAUUCACCGUCGAACUUCUAUAUCGCUCUACAAGGCAUAGACAUCCAGGGGGGGCGGUCCUCCACUGGCAGGCCAUUGAUAAACUCGUCGUUUCCUGCGCUGCUGGACACAGGUACGGGCGGCAUGGUUGUGUCAUCGCUGGCCGAGGAUAUCGGCGCUGCCCUUAAUGCUACCUACGACACAGAGCAGUGUGUCUUUGUGAUUCAAUGCCCCACUGAGGAUGACACCCGCCAGUUCAAUUUCAACUUUGGCGAACUGCAGAUUGCAGUUCCCAUAUCCAACUUCGUGGUCCCUGCGUCUGGCUUGGAAACGGGCCAGUGCGCAUUGGCCAUCAUGCCCGGCACAAGUGAGACAUUUGCGCUUGGAAUCCCAUUCCUGAAGGAGGUCUACACUGUAUUCAACCUGGAGGAUAACGAAAUUUCCAUGGCGCGGGCGAAUACCAACCCACAGGAGCCAGAUAUAAGACCAAUCCCGGCGGGUGUGCCAGCCGCCAUCAGAGACAGCGGGCCAGCAAGGCAUGUGAAGUCAAAAGGCGCCAGCUCCUUAUCCGCUCCCGCACAAGCAGGACCGGCAUAUCCCGAUGAGCGCGCCAGCACCCAGACGCUACACCACCAUUCGAAGUAG